AUGGCUCCUCUCCGUGUGCUUGUCACAGGUGCAGCAGGCCAGAUUGGUUACGCAGUCGUUCUUCAAAUCGCCAAAGGAGACGUGUUUGGAAGGGAUACUCCGGUUGUCCUCGUGCUGCUUGACCUUCCUUCUAUGGCAACCGUUCUUGAGGGAGUACAGUAUGAACUUCAGGAUUGUGCUUUGGCAAAUCUUCUAGGUGUGGAAUGCGUAACAACUGAAAGGGAAGCUUUCACGGAUAUCGAUUACGCUUUCCUUGUUGGAGCUAUGCCUCGUAAGGCAGGCAUGGAGCGUAAGGACCUCCUUGCAGCCAAUGUGAAGAUCUUCAAAUCUCAAGGAAAGGCGUUGGCUGAUUAUGCCAAAGCGAGCACAAAGGUAGUUGUUGUUGGAAACCCGGCCAAUACCAACGCCUACAUUUGUGCGAGGUAUGCGGCUCCGAAGAUUCCUGCUCGCAACUUUUCCGCUAUGACUCGACUUGACCACAAUCGCGCCACCGCUCAGGUUUGGGAGCCAAUGGAUUAUUGUCAUGAAGAUUACAUUAGGAAAAUGGGUUUCAUCCAAGAGCAUGGAGCAAAGAAAUCCAAGGAUAUCCUAGGCAAUUUCGCACUAGCAAUGAAAGCAGGGGUCUCGGUCGGUGAUGUGAAGAACGUGAUAAUUUGGGGAAAUCACUCAAACACUCAAUAUCCUGACGUCAGGCAUGCCGUAAUCACCAAAGGAGAGGUCUGCCUUUCAGGUGAAAAAAAUGUCGAUGCCUACUCUGCAGUAAAUGAUACCACGUAUCUCCGGGGUUCGUUCAUAUCGACAGUCCAGAAACGAGGCGCUGUUAUUAUUCAGAAACGCAAGUUUUCAUCAGCAAUGUCGGCCGCGAAGGCCGCUUGUGAUCACGUUCGUGACUGGCAUUUUGGAACCAGACCGGGUGAAUGGGUCUCCAUGGCUGUACAAUCGGAUGGAUCAUAUGGUAUUCCAAAAGGUCUCAUGUUCUCUUUCCCAGUAACAAUUGAUGGAGCGACGAAAGAGUGGAAAAUCGUCCAGGGGCUCUCGCUUGAUGACUUUGCGAAGAGCAAGAUUGCGAUCACCCUGCAGGUCAACAGCCGUAUUUUACCAGUUUUCAUCACCGAUUUCAAAACUACUUUUGUUCAGGAGCUUGAGGGGGAGCGUGAAGAGGCUUUGAGGGCUUGCAAUGCUGCCGCUUGA